UAUUUUUGUAAUACCCCAUAUUAGUUAAAGGUAUAUAAGUCAUUUGAAGAAAAAAAAAAGAAAGAGAUAAAACUAGAGAAAUAUAAUGAAACAAACCAAAAAAAGGAAGUGAAGAUGGGGUUUAGCCGAUUGGAUACAUAAAUAAGGGCAGAAGCAUAAGCUGAAGAGAUUUGAGUAAAAGUUUUACGCCAACAACUUUCAAAAACAGCGAAAAAAGGUGAGGGUUCUGCCUUUCAUCGCAGUGAAGGAGCACGAAGAGAAUUCAAGGCAUAGAUAAAUAAUUAACGAGAGAAUAAGAAGAGGAAGGUUUACAUAAUUGGUAUAAUGCCCCGAAAGCCGGCAAGACAUUGUAGACCAUCGCGAUGUCUACCUUUAAGUUUUUCUCCAUUUGCUCGUUCGAUGGCACGGAUUGCCUCAAAUAACAAGGUUACACACAAGGUUCAAAACUCCAGAUUUCCACGAAAUAAUCUACCUAGCUCUUCAGGUAAAAGGAUGGUAAAUCAUGGACUAAUAGACAAGAGUGAAGAUUCCGGUUCUUCAGAUGAUGAAGAGUUUGACGGCACUGUUCAAGCAGAUUUUGAGUUCUUUGAUCCAAAACCUAGUGAUUUUCAUGGAGUGAAAAUCCUGCUGCAGACCUAUCUUGAUGAUAAGCAAUGGGAUUUGAGUGGUUUUGUGGAUGUAAUAGUGGGUCAACCCACAGUGGGAACUGUAAUUAAAAUAGAGAAUGAUGAAGAUGAUGGUAUUUACUCCAUUGUCACUGCUCUUAACUUGGGUAGAUAUAAGGAUCUAGAGUGCAUGGCGGACCUGAAAGAGUUCCUGCUUAAAGCAUGCCGCCAGAAGGAUGUGUUCUCUAAAUUGAGCUUAUUUCUCGGAGACCAAGCCAAGAAUGUUGGUCUCUUGGUCUCUCAACGUGUUGUGAAUCUUCCUCCCCAGCUUUUGCCACCCCUUUAUGAUGCACUUUUUGAUGAAGUCUCUUGGGCUACAGAAGAUGAGCCUACAGAGGAGCUCCGGAGUUCUUUCUGCUUCAAGUUUUACCUAGUAAUCAGUAAAAUCUACAAGCAUAAGAAUGCGGACAAGCAAAAUGGACCAAGUGGUGAUCAAACUAUUGUAUACAUUAAGGCAGAAGACGAAAUCUUUCACGAGUUAAGCUCUUGGUCCUUCAGUUUUCCUUUGCAUACACAACUGGUUAGGACUGACGAGAUGAAAGAUUACCGGCUAACUGGCUUGGUAAUGGUAAUAGACUCGAGCAAAAUCCCUACCUUUCUACAGAAAUUGCACUCCUUAAUAGACGACCAGUGAUGAAUUGACAAGAAAUUCUACCUAAUCAGUUCAAAUUAGACGCGGCUUUGGACGUUUUACAGGUUACUGCUCGAGGCCUCUAGCUGGACAUGAAGCAGUAAUCUGUUUUUUUGACAGAUAGAUUAAAUGUAUUCAGUAAUGAACUACUUCAUGGAGUUUCUGAAUUAAGUUCCUCCACAGAUUACAAUCUUAAUUUUCUUGUGUACAUUUUUCAGUCUCAUUCUUCAGCAAUAUAUUAUAACAAUUGUUUCGUA